AUGCCUCCAACAAGGCAAACGAGACAUUCGACUCGGACGAAAACGGAUCAUCUUCUCCAUCAUCAUCAUGACUCAAAUGGAAUACAUAAAACAACAUCAUCGUCGUUAUCGGAUGGAUACAAUAACGAUGGUUCCACGCAUAACAACCUAUUAACUCCACGGCUAGCGAUAGAAAUUCUCCAAAAGCAUCAUCAAAGUAUCCAAAAUGAAAUUACAUUCAUUAAAUCAAACCACCAUCCAAAUUAUUCUCGAUAUCAUUCUCAGACUUUGGAUGCAUCCUCUAGAAUUGAUUUUUCCAUCAUGGAAGCCUUGCAGCAGAGUUUAGAGCCUCAUCAACCAUUCAGUCAUCAUAGCGACACCAUAAUGCCCACACAAUCAUCAUCACCAACAACGACAAUGACCACCAACAACAUCACCACUACAACGCCACCAACAACAUCAGCUACUGACACUUCCUCCUCUCCUAUCACAACGCCAACAGUGCUUCCUUCUUCUCCGACCACUCAAUCACCUACCAUCAAACCUACUCAUGUCAUUGCCAGUAGUAGUAAUAAUCAAAACUCUGAUUCGACAAUAGAUGCAACACGAUUAUCAUCCCGAUCAGACAAUGAAGAGUCAAACAAUAAAGAGAAAGAUCAACCAUUCGAUACACCAUCAGCACCUACAACAAUUUCCGAGGAAGACGAUCUUCAAAACUCUGAUGAAGAGUUUGAACAUCAACCCUCCCGAAAGAAAGUAAAAACAGCAACAGAGGAAGAGGAUGAACAAAAAAGAAUGGAGGAUGAGUUACUUGCAAAAGAACAAAAAAUUCUUCAAGAAAUUAAAGACAUGCAAAGAAAAGGCGAAUGGAUUCCACAGACACAACAAAAGAUUGGAAAGGAACCAAAAAGAAAUAGAAGCCACUGGGAUUAUUUACUUGAUGAAAUGGAAUUUAUUGCCAAAGAUUUUGCUCAAAGUAGAAAGUGGAAAGUCACAACAGCAAAAAAAUAUGCUAAAAGUGUUUCAAAAUAUCAUCAACAAUUGGAGCAACAGGAAAUUAAGAAGCAGAAAGAAAUUGAAUUGAAUUUAAGAAAACAAGCUUCCAAGCUUGCGAAAUUGGUAAAAAAAGAAUUCUGGGAAAAGAUUGCUAAAUUAGUCAAAUACAAAAAUCAAUCCAUUAUUGAUGAUACGAAACAACAACUAUUGGCCGAAAAGAGAGAUUUGCUGGUAAAGCAAACAGAAAAAUAUACUCAACUCAUAUCUCAAGAUUUGGUAUCUGUGACAAGUGAAGCAACUAAUUCCACUCUCUCCGCACAAGAUGACACAAGUGUUUCUCAGCAAGGUGAAGAAGUGAACAAUCAAGAAGAAGAUUUUACACCAUCCAGUGAGGAAGAUGAGGCUGACAGCGAUCACAUCAUUGACACAGAGGAUGAAGAUGAGGAUUAUGAAGAUGAAAUUGAACAACUAAAGAAAGAAAGUGAAAUGGACAUUGAUACCAUUAUGAAACAAAACUAUAACAAUGCACCUGUUGAAGAUGAAAUGAUCAAGGAACCAUUAGAAACCAUCAGCAAUGAGGACAAGACUAAUGAAAAGAUGAGAGAUUCUGGUGAUAUUCAAUAUACUGAAUCUGCUGAUUCACAAUCCUCUUUAAUGAACCAAGUGGCUGAAGAUGCCAAGCAAUACCAGCCAACAGGUUUCACAUUAACCACUUCCAAGGUGAAAACACCCAUUCCAUUUCUCCUCAAUGAAAAUCUCAAAUUAAGAGAAUAUCAACAAAUUGGUCUUGAUUGGCUAGUAACCAUGCAUGACAAAGGAUUGAAUGGUAUUCUAGCAGAUGAAAUGGGUCUAGGUAAAACCAUCAUGACUAUUUCCUUAAUUGCUCAUUUAGCAUGUAAGGAAAAAAUUUGGGGACCUCAUUUAGUUGUAGUUCCAUCGAGUGUUUUAUUGAAUUGGGAAAUUGAAUUUAAACGAUGGUGUCCAUCAUUGAAAAUUCUAGCCUAUCAUGGAACACAAAAACAACGCAAAGAUAAGAGAGUUGGGUGGAAUAAGCCAAACGCAUUUCAUGUUUGCAUUACUUCCUACAAUUUGGUGGUUCAAGACAAGAUCAUGUUCAAACGUAAAAAAUGGCACUAUUUAAUCUUGGAUGAGGCUCAUCACAUUCGAAACUUUAAAGGUCAAACAUGGCAAACCUUGCUCAACUUUAAUACUGAAAGAAGGCUUUUAUUGACAGGAACACCUCUUCAAAACAAUGUCAUGGAAUUAUGGUCUUUGAUGCACUUUAUCAUGCCUCAUGUUUUUCAAUCCCAUUCCGAAUUUAAAGAUUGGUUUUCAAAUUCCAUUCAAGGCAUGGUGGAAGGAAAACAAGAGAUGAACAAGGAACUCAUCUCUCGGUUACAUACUAUUUUGAGACCUUUCAUUUUGAGAAGAUUGAAAAAAGAAGUUUCUGAACAAUUACCUUCCAAACAAGAACAUGUGGUUCGUGUGAGGCUUUCAAAGAGGCAACGUAAUCUCUAUGAGGAUUUUAUUUCUAGAGCAGAUACUAGAGAGACUUUAGCAUCGGGAAAUGUUUUCAAAAUGAUUAAUGUGGUCAUGCAAUUAAGAAAAGUUUGUAACCAUCCCGAUUUAUUUGAACCAAGACCAAUCAUUUCUCCAUUUGCUACUAUACCACUUUCUCUUCUAUCAGUACCAAUUCAUUUGAUCGCUCUAGAUCCUAUUUAUUACGGCACCGAUGAUUAUUUGAUUUCCUAUCACGAUUUACAAUCACGAUAUUUUACUCUUUCUAAUUAUUUUAAUUUUGUGUUCACUCAACACGAGAAUCGAAUGAGUGUGGAAAAUUUUGAACAAAUCUCAUCACUACGACCAAUGAUGAGCAGUAGUAACAGUGCCAGUUCCACUCCCAUGCCGACAUUAUCCUCUGCCAUGACUCCAACAACAUCCCAGACGGACUCUACUCUUCUCAAAUUAGAAGACCUUUCUGCUGAUGAUCAAGAUCAAUUAUACAAAAUGUAUAUUCAUGAUUUGAACGUUGAUCAACACACAGAUAAUCCCUUCUUCAAGAGGAGAACACUCGAAAUGGCUCUGGAUAGAUAUAGAGAGAGAGUGGAAAGAGCAAACUACAUGCAAAUGGUGAAUAAUCAUAGAUGUGAAAGAAGACCAAUUUAUGGUUACAAUUUCAUCAAGAUUCUGGAAUCCAUUGUGCUUGAAAAGGAAAUGAAACGUUUCCAUCAAUGUAACGAAUUUGAAGAUGAUCUCUUUUCUUAUACACUUCAUUCUAUGUGCAAAUCUUUAGAAGAACGAGAACAAGAACUCUCUUUUGAAUUAGAUAAUUUUGUUUGUUUCAUUCCUCAUGCGAGAAGUGAAUCUCCUGAAAUUCGUGAAGUCUCCACCAUACGAUACAAGAAAGAUUUGAUUGAACAACAUGUUGUUCGAAGCGUACUUUCUCCAACGUUAGAUCUCAUUAGAAAACCUUCGAUUCGAAUGCAAAUGCAAUUCCCUGACAAGAGAUUACUUCAAUAUGAUUGUGGUAAACUUCAAAAGCUUGCUUCAAUGUUGAAAGAUUUAAAACGUGAAGGACAUCGUGUCUUAAUUUUCACACAAAUGAGCAAAAUGCUGGAUGUUCUUGAAUCUUUCAUGUCUAUGAAUGGACAUUCCUAUUUUAGACUCGAUGGACAAACAAAACUUGAAGAAAGACAGUACAUGAUGGAAUGUUUCAAUAACAAUCCAAAAAUCUUUGCUUUCAUUUUAUCCACAAGAAGCGGUGGUGUUGGUAUCAAUUUAACAGGAGCAGAUACUGUUAUAUUUUAUGAUAGUGAUUGGAAUCCAGCAAUGGAUGCACAAGCACAAGAUAGAUGCCAUCGAAUUGGACAAACUAGGAAUGUCAAUAUUUAUCGUCUUAUUAGUGAAUCCACUAUUGAAGAAAGAAUUUUAUUGAAAGCUAAUCAAAAGAGACAUAUGAAUGAAAUUGUGAUUCAUAAUGGUGCAUUUACUCCUGAUUUCUUAAAGAAUCAAAUGGAAGUGAGAGAUUUAUUUAAAGAUUCAGAGAAGAGUUUUUCGAAUGCUCUACUUGAUGCAGAAGAACAAAUGAGUGCUUAUAAUAACAUGAUGAUAGAGAACAGACAAAAAGAAUCAGAGACAGAAACAUACAAUGAGAAAGAUUUGGAUCGUAUUCUUACAAGUGCAGAAGAUGAGAAUGACGUGGAAGCACUUCGUAAUGCAAGAAAAGAGCAAACAGAACAAUCUCAAAAUGAUUUUGCAGAUGUUGAAGCAAGUGCAGAAGAUGAUAUUAUCAAUCACUUAACAUCAGUUGAACAAUAUGCAUAUGACUUACUCACUGUUCGUACAAUGGAUGCCGUAAACCAAGAAAUUGAAGAAAUCAAACAAAACGAAAAGGAGAGAACAGAAAAUUGGAAAAAUCAAUUACAAACAGAUUUGGAUGUGUCUUUGGAUGAAAAUAAUGAGGAGAAUGCGGAUAAUGAAUCAAAAGAUGUCGAAUCAUCGGAUGAAUCAACAACACAAAAUUUUUAUGAGGUACUGCAUCAAUCAUCACAUCAAUCACACAACACUGACACACACUCAACUAACAUCACACGAUCCUCUAAAAGGUCUUCUAGAAAGUCGUCUUCAAUAUCACCUAAGCGUGAUAGUGAGGAUGAUACAUCAAAUUCUAGAAGAUCUUCCAGAAAAAAGGAAAGACUAAGGAAUAAUGAUGAUUCUCACAACAACACUCUUCACUAUGAGGAUCAGAGAGAAUUAUGGAAUUCACUACAAAUUUAUAUUCCAACCUCUAUUCUAAGAGAUUUAUAUGGAGAUAUUGAUGAAUUAUUCCUUCAGAAUGAAACACUUCCAUCCUCACCUUCACCUUCACAACACCUAUCAUCGAUUCAGCAACAUGAACAAACAUCAUUGUAUUCAUCAUCUCAAUUAGAGAAUGAUUCCUCCUCCUCCACAAUCACAACAAUCAUGAAGCAUGAAGCAAUGAAAGAAUGUAUCAAUAACAACCAUUCUUCUUCUACAUCGGACAUGAAUGUCAGUAACAGUUCGAAUAGCCAUGGUAAUAGUGGUAAUAAUACAAGGAAAGAACAAUCAAACCAGUCAUCCUUAUCGUCCUCCUCACAUCUUGAAGAGAAUUAUUGUGAUUUCAGUGAAAUUGGAUCUAUUGAUGAAAUGAUGAUGUUUGAUGACCCUAUUGGUUCAACACUUUCAAAUCCACACCAUUUGACAAGUAGUACAAAUCUGAAUGAACAAGCACCACAACAAACUAAGUUCGAUGAAACCAUUGAAGUCACUCUAAAACGACGUCCUAAACAGAGAGUUCAGAAAUCGGAUCAUCAUGACAAGAAACAACCAUUGUCAGACAUGGCCAUCUCUGGUUCUUCAUUCAACAACAACUCUGAAAAUGUUGCGAGUAGUGAUGACCCUACCAUCGAUCCACCAACAAUGACAACAACAACCACCACUACCACCACCACUCAACAACAACCAUCACAUGUAAAUACCACCACCUCCUCUAGUCAUCAUAACAAUCCUUCAAAAAGCACUAGGACUUCACAACAACCAACUAGGUCAACAAAUUCAUCAUCAAUGACGAGUAGCAGUCUAAAGAAACCAACAUCACGUUUGGCCAAAUUACAACAACAAUCUGCGAGUAGUACUUGCUCGUUCAUACCUUCUUCUAAUACCACUACUACAGUCAUUAUUCAACCACAUGGUAGUCCUCUUAAACCUCCUUCUCGAUCUCUUCAAAGAACUUCUACUAAAAUCAUGGUCAUUCCACAAGGUAUGAAUCGCAUGAGUAGUAGUAGUGGUGGUAGUAGUAGUAUGGGUAGUGUUGGUAGUGUUGGUACAUCAUCUUCGACUGGACAGUCCUUAUCAUCAUCAUCAUCAUCGUUGAACACUUCCUCUAACAGUAACGCUAGUAGUACCUUACUGUCUUCCUCCUCGACGACGACGACGACGACAACAACGACAACAACGACGACUUGUCAUACGCUCACCACCAACCUCACCAAUAAUAAUACCACCACAACAACAACAACCAUGAAUCCUCUCAGUCCACCAAGAAGAAAAAAGAACUUGUCAACAAUUGUUCCAACAUUCCCACCACUUGGACCACCUUCAUCAUCAAACACAGGAUCAACAUUAGAGGAUUCCAUUCCUUGGUCUCAAGAAGAAGAAGUUCUUCUAAUGAAAAUUGUAAAGAAUAUGAUCACUGAUGAUUUACAACAAGGAGAGUUUGUUGUGAAUUGGAAUUCUGUUUCAGAUACUCUUUCAAAUUAUUUAGAGCGUUUAGAAACAAAUACACUCGUACCAUUUCGAAGUGCUGAAUCAUGUUAUCACAAAUAUCAUCAACUUGCAUCCAAGUUAGAUUUCACACCAAAAGCAUCUCAUGUAUAUUCUCAUCCAAUGGAUUUGUCAAGAUAUCAUGAUAAAUCUGAGAGUGAAAUCAUUGAGGCAUUAAGGAUUAAUCGUUUACGAAAAAUUCACACCUCAAUGGGUGGAAUUAUUGGUAGUAGUAGUGGAAGUGCUAGUAGUAGUGGUAGCAGUAGUGUUCAUGUCGGCAGUAGUGCUAUUAGUGGUAGUGUUGGUGGUGUUGGUGGUGUUGGAGGUAGCAGUACUUUCAAUCCUUCUUCUUCCUCAAUCCCCACCACUCCAUUCACACCCACACCACCUACACCCACACUCACAACAUCCAACAGUGGAUCACUCAUGUCUCCUCCAAAGACAACCCUCAGAAAACUUCGAACACCAAUCAUUAAUUCACUUGUAUCAUCGAUAUGUAUGAUUCCAAAGAAGAAAAAGAAGAAGGAGAAGAAUGAAUCAUCCUUUGUAUUCAUGUCUGCAGCACAAUCUAAAAAGUUACAACCACCAAAAUUGAUACUCGACCAACAAGCGUCCAAUAUGAGUCAACAACAACAACCACAUUCAGAGAAAUCUACUAGUAGUAGUAGUAGUAGUAGUAAUUCUAACUUUAUGGAAUCCAUACAGUAUUCUGAAUUGGAAAAGAAUUCUCUCUACGAUUCCUAUUUUGUUGAUAAUUUUGAUUUUAUGAAAACAAAUGAAUCGUCUUCAACUCGUACGAUGGACAAGACACCAAGAUAUGAAAAUGAUCAGCAACCACCAACAUGUUUACUAUUAGAAGAGAAGGAUGAGGAAACCGUGAUGACGAGUAUCGCUCCUUCACCACUUUCACUAUUGGAUGCAUUGGAUGAAAUGCAACUUGAAAGCUCUCUGAGCAGUAGUCUUAAUCUGGCAAAUUCAUGGACAGGUUCUAUGAAUUUACAGAGUAAUAGUAGUACUAUUCCUACCGGAACAGCUGCUAGCAGUAGUACCUUACAACCAUCCAGUAGUAGUAGUGAUAGUUCGACUGCUGUUAUUGCUUCCUCGAUUGGUACUUCCACCACGUCGACGAAUACCUCAAACCUGAUCAGUUGCACCUCAAGCAAUUUUACUCAUUCAACACCAACAACAACAAGUAGCAACAGCAAUGGCACGACCGCAACGACAACCACAACCAACACUAGUGGUGCCAUGACUACAACCACUACUGCAAGUGUUGUUGAACCAUCCAAAAAACGAGGAAGACCAAAGAAAGAUUCCACACAACAACGGAAUCGUUCUUCCUCGACGACGAAUGCUUCCAACACUACUUCUCUCACUACGACUCACAACAUUCCAACUUCAACUCCACCAGCACUAUCACAACAAGGAAUUAAUUUAGGAGUGAUGAAUGCUCAACCAUUACCACUUGGUUUUGUUUCUCAACCUCAUCCAUUCAUGAUUCCAAUGUUUAAUAUUCAUCCGUCCUAUGCAUUUGGAUUUCCAGGAUUUGCAACAACAACAACAACAGGAACUCCUUUACAAGCAACACCUUUUAUGUUGGCAACUUCAACCACAGCACCACCACUACUAUCCUCUUCUAAUAUGACACCAUCCACGGGAGGUGCUGCUAUUGCAAGCAGUGGUGGUAGUAGUAGUACUGCUGGAGGAGGAUUCAGUACUUAUACUCCAAACACUACUAUGAGCAGCACGACGACAAAUCCUAAUGGAAAUAUGAGAAUGACCUCAACACAACAACUAGCACCACCAUCCAUUCAAGUCGUCUCCUCUUCCACACCCACUGUUAUGCAUCAUGUUCAUGCACCACCUCCACCACCACCUUCUUCUAACAUUACAUUAGCUACAGCGACGAGACAGCCCCAUCCUGCUUUUCAACACCACCACACCAAACAAACGAAAAAGUAA